CCCCCUUCGACCAGACGACAGCAGUGGACAUUCCAAACAAACAGCAGUACAGAAGUUACAGUCUGCACGUUUGGACAGAUUAACAAUGCAAAAGGCUAAGAUUCUCGUUCUUGGACCAUGUGAGAGUGGGAAGACUGUGUUGUCCAACUUUUUGGCCGAUGCUACAGAAACAUCCGGUGGCGAGUAUCACCCAACACAAGGAGUCCGGAUUCUAGAAUUUGAAGGCAAUGCCAUUGGAGGUGGAAGUCGACCCAAACCAGUAGAAGUGGAGUUGUGGGAUUGCAGUGGAGAUAGAAAGUUCGAGUCCUGCUGGCCAUCCAUGGCGCGAGAUGCCAUUGGGGUCAUGUUUGUCUUUAACCCUGAUGAGGCCAACCACGACAAGGAACUAGACACAUGGUAUAGCUAUUUCAUGGAGCAGCAAGGGUUAAGGGAGUACCAGAGCAUCGUGUUCGCACACCACAAACCCCAAACUUCCGACCAGGAACGCACGCAGUUGUCGGCUAGUUUUAGCAAAAUAAAGACGGUUCACACCAACAUUGAGGAGGACGCUGAAGGUGUUCGCCAAGAAUUCUACAAGUUCCUUGGGACGCUGGUCACAGCCAUGACAGACAAACAGGAAGAAGAGGAGCUCAACAUCAUGAACAGCCGGUAGUAACAUCAUGAACAGCUGACAGCAACAUCAUGAACAGCUGACAGCAACGUCAUGAACAGCUGACAGCAACAUCAUGAACAGCUGAUAUAGUAACAUGAACAAUUUGAAUGUAAUCCAUGCAUGGAUUAUUGAACAUCAUGAACAACUAAUGAUAACAUCAUGACAAAUGACUGCAAAAUCAAGAACAGCAACAUCACGAACAGCUGAUAUAGUAACAUGAACAAUUUGAAUGUAAUCCAUGCAUGGAUUAUUGAACAUCAUGAACAACUAAUGAUAACAUCAUGACAAAUGACUGCAACAUCAAGAACAGCAACAUCACGAACAGCUGAUAUAGUAACAUGAACAGUUUGAAUGUAAUUGAACAUCAUGAACAACUGACUGUAACAUCAUGAAUUGAUCCAUGCAUUGGUUAUCAUGAACUGUUACAACUGAGUUUGAACUGAGAUCUAUAUUUACAUUUAGAACUGUUGAACAUACCAUUUCAAAUAUAUUACAUUUGUACAGUUGAAAUAAACAUUAGCACAAUUACAGUUGUAACGGCAGUCAUGUCCAAAAACGUGACAGAUGCUUGAAUUACGACAUGGAAUUAUUGGUGGGAAAUUGUCCUUUAUCUCUCCCAGGGAGUCAGUAUUCUGUGACUGCACCAUUGAGUUUGUGUUUUAUAUCAGUUUAUGGCCCCUUUGUGUAAUGGUUAUUAUGUACAGGUUGGUUACACAACGUUCACUUAACAAGGCCUGACAUUGUUUAUGUGACACAUGGAAACAAAAUAUGGCAAAGUAUUGCUUGAGAUCUGAAGAACCAGACCUGUCUGUAGUGGAUUAACCUCAUAACCUACACAUGUUCCUUUAGGAUGCUGAGAGCUACAACCGAUCUUCAUGUUGCCAGCCAGGAGAUUCAAUAGGGUAUUGCUUUAUGAAAAUGGCCUCUACUGCAGUCACUUGUUUGUAUAAUAAUAUGGAGCCAAUAACAAGUCUUGCUGUUGAAGAGCUAGCCUUACAUCAGGCUCCUUUUAUUCAUUUGUACAUCAAACAAAUGCCACCGAUGCAUUAGGCCUAAUUUUCUUUGAUUGGUUUACAGAUUUUUUUUUAAAUCAUUUCGGUGGGAAAAAAGUCCAAAAACACAUUUUGAGAUGACAAGGUAAGGUACUCAGACGUGGCUAAUGAUACUGCCAACACUGCCUUGUCACAUAAAGCAUUGCUGAAGCCAUUCCGAAAAGUAGUGAAUUUUGAUGGCACAGUCGUUAGUUUGGGCCUUGCAAGAUUGGAGAAAUACAUUUUGUUUCUGUAGUUUUUCCAUCAUUUUCUCAGUAUUUGGGUCGGAGGAUCUAUAAACCCAAUUUAAAAAAAGGACUUAGCAAGUAUGAAAUGUAUGAAGAUUUAUGCAUGUGACAAAGCUCUUUCAAAGACCACAUGCACAUUGGAAUGUUCCUGUAAGGGAUGUCUGCCCACUUAAUUGAUUCUUAAUUAGCCCCCAUGGAUAGUUUGCACAAGAGUCAAAUUAAAACAUCAACUUAAAUACUAGAGUCAUUUAUGGGGACUAAUAAGGCAACUUGCCAACUCCCUCUGUUAAAGGGACAAAACCAUUACUAAAUUUCAAACAUUCUGGUUUCUUCAUUGGUAACCUCUGCCUUUCAAGGAAUGAUUGUGUUGAUUUUGGACCGUUGCAAAUAUUUACAUGUUUGACCGAGGGGUCUGUCAGAUGUAAAGGCUAUUUCUUCACAACAGCCGCGAAUAGCUGGAAUAUUUCUGAUGCGGCUUUAAGCUACAUGUACUCACUCACUCACUAAUUCUUCAAGUGAAAUGACAAUGAUCUCUGAUAUUUAGCAGUUUGUCGGAGAAGAACACAUAAUGAGAAUUCUACCUUUACGGGGUUUGAUAGGACCAUUAAGUAUCCAGAGUGUGUUGGUUGUUUAUGUCGUUCCCAACAGCAUGUUUAUCUGGGUUCCGUUCCACAGACGAUCUUAGCGCUAAGACGAUUUUACGAUUUUAUAUAAACUUUAGACAAUCGUAGCGCUAAGAUCGGAGUCCAGGGUGCCGUUGUAAAAAGCGAUCUUACGUGACUCCCAUACCUUAACAUAGACUUACGACAGUCGUAGUGCUAAGGUUAUUUUGUACAACGGCGCCCAGGGCCGCGUUCCACAAAGCGAUCGUAGCGCUAAGAUGAUCGUAACUCCAUUACUUUAACAUAGACUUACGACAGACUUAGCACCAAAAUCGCUUUGUGGAACGGCGCCCAGCUAAUUAUGAACCUUACAUCACCAGCUAGCAUCUCGUUAAACCCCAUUUCACCUCAUCACCACACCAGAGUACUGUUUUAUGAGAUACAGUUUUCAGACAGCAUGGGUUCCACGAUACCGCAGUGCAAACGGCUUCGUUUCCAGCCUCUGUUUAAUUCUCUAUUUCUGCUUUGAAUAAACCCUGUUGACCUUUGUUGAUGUGAUAAAGAUGGGAUGUUGAUAGCGAUUAUGUUACAAAACGUGGUGUGUUGGGGAUUUCUUCAGUCAUUAAUGGACAUAUCGGACUGCUCACAUUAAAACUAUUGCAGAACAAUCGUUUGUUUUAAUUAUCGGAAACGGUAUAAAUCCUGUAUGUAUGAUUAAAUCCCUGGCGUUUCAUUUCCUGUUGACACAAUUAUGUUGUAAAUGCCUAUCAACAACUCGUAAACAACGAUGCUUCACACAGCAGUGAGCACUCGGGAUUCGGAGUUAAAUGAUACUGGCCGUUUCACCAACAAUUAUUGUAGCCAUCAAGCUUUUGUCAACUUCUAUUACAUUUAAUCGUGUCCAUAAAACAUGUGUAUGACGAGUUUGAUAUUGAAACCUGGGGUGAUAUUCACCGUAGUUUAUCAUUAUCUUGGUGAUAAUAUGUUUAUUUGACACAUUGUUUUUUGGCGAUGGUCAGUCUUGACGUCAUCGCCAGACGAGGCACCACCAAUCAAAUAUUGUUUGCGUGAAAAGAUAACCAUGUUACCACAUCCACCUCAGUGGGUGGUACCAUUUUCAUAUUCCAUUACAAUAAGCGAGGACGUAAUAGCACUGCCUGGUGUUUUGUGUAUUUCAUGUUAUAUAGCCCUAAAUGUUCACAUUCACAUUCCGUCCGGACAUAUUUGGGAAUAAAUGUUUUCCAAUGUUAA